AUGUUAUCUCGAAAACCAAUAAACAAAAAAUCAAAACCGAAAACAUCCGCAUCAGAUAAACGGUCGAAAUUACCGAAUCACCGUUCGUAUCUAAUAGCCGUACGUCCAAAUAAGAAGGUACACGCUUCGAUGCCCGCCCUUCGCAAUAUCCGCAUUUCGUAUUCCCGUUCCGAAACCUUUCCGCUUUUCCGGAUCUUUGCCGAAUACGCGAAUACAGACGGCCAACACUAUUCGAGUUUAUUGUCCUCAGAUGAAGUGACGUCACGUGUCACAGUAAUAAAGACGCAGUGUUUAUAUUAA